UAUAUAGAGAGAGAGUGCAGAAGAUGAAGAAAAACAAUAUGAACGCAGCAGUAAGAGUUGGAACAACAGCAGAAGUUGAAGUAUGGAGUCCUCAUCAGCAACUCCAGGCAGAAACACAGUAUUUCCAGCCAUGAAGCUACAUCCAUAUUCUUCCUCUCCAAGACGGCCAUUUUCUUUUUCACCUUCAUCUUUUGUAUCAUCCUUUAAUGUCCCUGAUCAUGAUGAUUCCCCUGCCACCACCCCGUUUCGACUUUCUGGUGUCCCAUUUUCCUGGGAACGUUUUCCUGGAAUUCCAAAGAAACAAAGCUUCAAUUGCAAGAAGAAUGAACAGUACUGCAGCUCACCAUCAUUGAAGGUUCUCCCAUUGCCUCCUACAACUGCUCAUCAAGCUCCGAAAAAGAAGUCCUCAUCCAACUCAAAGCAGACUAGUACAUUUCCAAAAGAUCCUUUUGUUGCUGCUUUAAUUGAGUGUUCCAAGGAGGAAGAUGAAGAAGAAGAUCAAUAUUCCAAGAACAAUGGUCAAUGGAGUGCCAAGGUAUCAAGAAGUGUAAGUGACAGGUUUGGAUUUGUCAAUCUUUAUGCAUCGUCGUGUAAAAGAAGUUGUGCAGUUUCUCAAUCUAUCAUACAUGUUCCGAGGCCGCUCAGUAGAACCUCCUCUAACUACGAUCUACUUAGUCACCGUUCCCGUUCCCGUUCCCGAUGAGUUUGUCAUCAUCAUCACCCAGACAACAAUAAUA